GUAAUUUGUAAUGUAAACACAAAUUACAUACAAAUGAGCCAAAAAAGAUAAUUUUAUAAAUUAUUUUCUAUAACAUUAUUUAUCUUCUAAAUGGGUGGAGAUCGUAAUCGAUAUCGAAGUAAAGAUAGAAGUCGUAGUCGUAGUCGGGAUCGACAUAGAAGUCGUGAAAGAGAGAAGAGAGAUCGUAGCACAGAAAGGCAUCGUGCCAGUAGCAGGGACAGAUAUACAGAUAGGAGCCGCCACAAGGAAGAGAAAAGGAAUCGCGACAGAAGCCGCAGCAGAGAGCGCUCAGAGAGAGGCGGGGACAGAGGGCGUAGUUCUUUUCGACAAUUUAAUGGCGGGGGACUUGGUGGUGGCCUUGGCAGUGGCAGUACAAGUUCAGCCCCAAGAGGGCGCUAUAAGCCACAAGAGGAAGAGUUUCUAGAUGCUCGCCGAGAAGAACGGGAGAGAAUUGGUGAAAUUGGUGUUUCUUCAGUUUGGGGCAAGUCACCAUUGAGACCAGAUUCUGAAGAGGAGUUAGAAUCAAAUACUUCAGAAAAGGGCAAAGAUAAGAAAAAGAGUAAGAAAUCAAAAGCAGGCACAAAAGAGAAGUUGAAAAAAUUAAAGAAAAAACUGAAAAAGAUAAAGAAAGCUCGCAAGAAAGCCAAGAAAAAGUCUAAAAGCUCGAACGAUGAUUCCAGCAGCAGCGAGGAGGAGGUGUGGGUUGAGAAAGGAAAAGAACACGAGAUAGAAGUGGCCAAGCCGUCCAAAAGCAAGACAGAGGAAUUAGCAGAUGAAGUUAUAGGUCCAGCUCCUCGAGUGGGUCCCGCUCUUGGGCACAAGGACUUCGGUAGGGCUCUGCUGCCGGGUGAGGGGGCUGCGAUGGCGGCGUACGUCGCGGAGGGCAAGAGGAUCCCACGGAGAGGAGAGAUUGGACUCACUUCGGACGAGAUCGCGUCCUAUGAGUCUGUUGGAUAUGUCAUGAGUGGAAGCAGACACCGUCGCAUGGAAGCGGUGCGCAUACGCAAGGAGAACCAGAUCUACUCGGCCGAUGAGAAGCGAGCACUCGCAGCCUUCAGCAAGGAGGAGCGCUCCAAGCGGGAGAAUGCCAUCCUCGCGCAGUUCCGCGAUGUGCUGCAGGCCAGGCAGCAGCACUAGAGUGGGACUGGGACUUGGGACUUGGCUGAAAGAGGGACUUAGUUGGCAGUGGGACUUAGCUGAUUGUGGAGGUUUGAUGCUAAUAGGAGCAGCCAGCUAACAGGACUUACCAGUUAAUGAGAGUAACCUGCCAAUGGUAGAUGGAACUUACCUGCUAAGGACCUACCAGCA